AUGCUUUUCGACCCUUCCUCGUCGUCGCUGCCAAAGCGAUCGGAAUUGCCCAAGAUCCCAGGGGCGCCCGAUGGCGCAGCCUGGUUCUGGGGCAAAGAUGACGAGCUCGGACGUCUCAAUCUCCUGACGCCCGAACGCACCUCCAAGGCUGCAGCGUUGAUCAAGACCGGUGAAGUUGUAAAUCUCAAUUGGCGUGCCGACUAUCCCGAUCCCCCUGCUUUUGGGAGACAGAGCUUCAAGCACACCAUUUCACCUCUGGGCGAGACGGGGUUCGACGACCUGUACGAUAUGAACACGCAGAGUGGAUCGCAAUGGGACGGCUAUCGACAUGUUGGACUUCGUCACAAUGACAACGUGGUUUUUUAUAAUGGGGUACGUGAAGCUGUCUCCCAUCUGGCGACCAAUCCAGAAGACUAUGACAUGACUAAACGGGUGACCAAUAAACAGCUCACGACGGACGAAAUCUAUAAAACGGACAGGUGCGGGAUCCAGGCAUGGGCCAAGCACGGAAUAGCUGGCCGCGGAGUCCUCCUCGACUACUGGGGCUACUCGGGUGGCAACUACAACCCGAAUAGCUCGCACGCGAUCUCACUGAGUGAACUCCAGGCGUGCGCCAAAGCCCAGGGCGUCGAGUUCCAGCCGGGCGACAUCCUGCUGGUGCGCUCGGGCUUCGUGCAAGCGUACAACAAACUGAACGCCGAGGAGCGUGAGCGUGUGGGCAAGCUGUCGUUUGCCGACCUCGCGCUGGCCGGGGUCGAGGGAGGCGAAGCUAUGCUCGACUUUUUGCACGACAACUACUUCGCCGCCGUGGCCGGGGACGCCCCCUCGUUCGAGGUCUGGCCAUUCCAGCAGCCCGCGCUGCACUAUUACCUCCUCCCGCGCUGGGGCAUGCCCAUCGGCGAGAUGUGGGAUCUCGAGGAGCUCGCCGAGACGUGCCGUCGCAAGAAGCAGUACACCUUUUUUAUCAACAGCGUUCCGGCAAAUGUCCACGGACUGCCGGCCAGCAUCAUUGUCCUUAUCCUAACAGUCAUUAUUCUAGUAGCGGUCACGGUUCAUCGUGGGCUUACCAUUGAUCACAGUCCUGGGGAGCCUCCAAUCAUCAAGCCGGCGAUCCCCUAUAUCGGCCACAUACUGGGAAUCAUCAGGCAUGGCACACAUUAUUUUGAGAUUGUCAACCGCGACACUCGGUACCCGAUCUACACGUUGCCCACCUUAUCUACUAGACAGUACAUUGUCACUUCUCCUCAGAUUGCUGCUCAGCUCCAGCGACAGCACAAGGACCUCGCCUUUUACAAUGUCAUUCUAGAAGUCACGCGCAGGUUGACCAGCCUCAAGCCAAGUACCAUGAAGAUUGUCAUGAAGAACGUCAAUGCCGAGCAAGGUGAUUGGGGCCUGAUGCCGACUAUGCAUGACAUGUUCAACACGGUACUCGGACGAGGGGAGUCGUUGAAAGACCUCACUCGUUCGCAAAUGUCGAUCUUUUCCGAGAUGCUUAACGAGGUCGCCGUGGGGGGAGAUCGUCUGGAAACGGAUUUAUUUGGAUGGAUCAAGUCGACCUUUGCUUUUGCCAAUGCAAAAUCCAUCUAUGGUCCAGAAAACCCCUUUGCCCUUGAUCCCAGCUUGGUCGAUUCUUUCUGGGACUUUGAGGCUGGUAUGCUGGCCCUUAUUAUUGACAUUUUUCCUUCCAUCACAGCCAGGAGGGCAUAUCUGGGACGAGAGGCGAUUGCCAAAGCCCUGGUUGACUAUGUCAAAGAGAAGCGGUGGCGCAAGGCUUCUCUUCUCAUUCAAAACCGCAUCAGCAUCAACCUGAGCCACGGAUUUACCGAGGCCGAAGCAGGUCGAUCAGAGAUCAUCUUGCUCUUUGCAAUCCUCGGAAACGCUGUGCCAUCCACGUUCUGGAUUCUUACAAAUAUCAUCAGCCGUCCAGAUCUACUGGCGCAGAUACGGAACGAGCUUCAAUCGGCUGUCACUGACGAGGGGAGUGGAGGCAAAAUCAUCAAUCUCUCUGUCAUCGAAUCCUCCUGCCCACUUUUUGUGUCGACGUACAGGGAGUCCCUACGCAUGAUCGGCAACCUGGCCUCACUUCGAUACGUAUUGAGGGACACGGUCAUCGGGCAACAUUACCUGAGAAAGGAUUCUAUUAUUCAAGUGGCUGGAAUCAUCAUCCACCAUGACCCGCAAACCUGGGGCCAAGACAGCGACCAGUUUAACCCUCGACGUUUUAUCAAGGGCCAGGCAUCUGUGGCGGAUAAAGAUUCAGAGCCGUCGGGCUUGGACCUCAAGGAGCCGACGGCAACACAACUGCCUCCUGGCGUCCCCUCGGCGGCAUUCCGUCUUUUUGGCGGUGGCAGUGUGGUGUGCCCGGGACGACACUUUGCUCAAAGUGAAAUCCUUGCUUUCGUUGCGUACCUAUUGAUGGCAUUCGAUAUCUCUACUCCAGAUGGAACACCCAUCACACUACCUCCGCGAGACAAUGAAAAGAUCCCUUUGAGCGUCAUCAAACCCAAAGGCGAUAUGAAAGUCAGGAUUAACAGACGAAAGGGGUAUGAAGAUGUCUCGUGGCGUCUGGUGGCUGAUGGGUUCCACUGA